AUGUUAUUUGACAAAAAUAGAAUGGAUGCUCUGCUGAAGUACAAGUUCAAUGGCCUCGAUAGAUCUCUUCUGUACUACCACUGCAGCCUCAAGUACUGGGAUCGGAUAUUGAAUGUAAUUCCCAAGUGGGUUGCUCCAAAUGCGAUCACUCUCAUGGGGUUCAUUGCCAUGUUUAUCCAAACAGGAUGUGUUUUGUACGCUGAUCCUAAUCUCCUGGGCGGCAAGAAGUGGCUUCCCAUGAUAAGCGCCAUUGUAAUGUGGUUCUAUUCCACGAUGGACUGCAUCGAUGGCAUGCAGGCAAGGAAAACAGGUGCUAAGUCGCCGCUAGGGCAGCUCUUUGACCACGGCGUAGAUUCAGUUGUUUGCACUUUUAUAAUGCUGUGCAUCUCGUCUGCAAUAGGACUGAAAAACAAAAAAACAGUUUUCUUCCUUUUGGCAUCUGCACAGACAAUUUUCUACUGGGUCACAUCGAAAGAGUACUACACUCAUCUGUUUUAUCUUGGGCUUAUAGGGCCCACUGAGGCCAUUGCAAUUGGCUGCAUAUUCCUCCUUGUCCUGAGCAUUGUCGGAAGAGAGAAGGUUUUGCACCCUACAGUUUGGAUAUCGAAUAAUUUAGACCUUAUCAUUCAGGGAGUGUGCUUUUUGAUAUGGGCUAUAGGCACAGUAUACUACAUUGUGGAUAUAUGGAUUAGCACCAAGUUUGGAAUUACCCAGGACAUGUCGUUCUUGCAGAAAAACAUGAUUCUGUGGCCGCAUGUUCUGUUUGUUCUUCUUCAGGUGCUCAGUGUGCUUUCUGUUGUAACGUCAAACAGCAUCAACCUCAACACUGUGUUCUACUCUUAUAUUUCUAUAUGCACUGUCUGUUUUUCCUUGUUUACCACCCUCAUAAUAUUCUCGCACCAGACUGCGUCGCCUAUUGAAAUACCGUCCUUAAUUAUCUUUCUAGCAGCUAUGGCAAAUCUGUCGAUUGUGUUUGUCUCAGCAAAGAAAAUCUCUCUUGUCAUCACUGUACUUAAUGCAAUCUCUGUGCUGUACUACCUUUCGUAUGUCACAAACAUUAUUGAUGGAUAUCUUACCACCUUACGAAUUCCCUUCUUUUUUAACAACUGUUGA